UGGAAGAUGGCGGCUCCCAGCCUCCUCCACUGGAGGCGGGUUUCCUCCUUCACGGGGCCGGUGCCCCGCGCGCGGCACGGACACCGCGCCGUGGCCAUCCGGGAGCUGAUGAUCAUCUUCGGCGGGGGCAACGAGGGCAUCGCGGACGAGCUGCACGUCUACAACACGGUCACAAAUCAAUGGUUCCUCCCAGCUGUUAGAGGAGACAUCCCUCCUGGCUGUGCUGCCCAUGGAUUCGUCUGUGAUGGUACCAGAAUAUUGGUAUUUGGAGGAAUGGUUGAAUAUGGUAGAUACAGCAAUGAGCUAUAUGAAUUACAGGCAAGUCGUUGGUUAUGGAAAAAAGUGAAGCCCCACCCCCCAGCUUCUGGCUUGCCUCCUUGUCCUCGGCUUGGACAUAGCUUCUCUUUAUAUGGUAACAAAUGUUUUUUGUUUGGUGGACUUGCAAAUGAAAGUGAAGACUCAAACAACAAUGUUCCCAGAUAUUUAAAUGAUUUUUAUGAGUUGGAACUACAGCAUGGUUCUGGUGUUGUUGGUUGGAAUAUUCCAGUGAUGAAAGGGAUUGUGCCUUCUCCAAGAGAAUCCCACACAGCUAUUAUAUAUUGCAAAAAAGAUUCUGGACGCCCUAAAAUGUAUGUCUUUGGUGGAAUGUGUGGUGCUCGCCUAGAUGAUCUUUGGCAGCUUGACAUAGAAACUAUGUCCUGGUCAAAACCAGAAACCAAAGGGACAGUGCCGCUUCCACGAAGCCUUCACACAGCCAGUGUGAUUGGAAAUAAGAUGUACAUUUUUGGUGGAUGGGUUCCACAUAAAGGGGAAAAUAAUGAGACUUCAUCCCAUGAUUGUGAAUGGAGAUGUACCAGCUCAUUUUCUUACCUAAAUCUGGAUACAGCAGAAUGGACCACCCUAGUAUCAGAUUCUCAGGAAGAUAAAAAAAAUUCAAGGCCAAGACCAAGAGCUGGGCAUUGUGCUGUUGCUAUUGGCACUCGACUGUAUUUUUGGAGUGGGAGAGAUGGCUACAAAAAAGCAUUAAAUAGUCAAGUGUGCUGCAAGGAUCUUUGGUAUCUUGAUACUGAGAAACCACCAGCACCUUCACAAGUACAGCUGAUCAAAGCCACGACCAACUCUUUCCAUGUCAAGUGGGAUGAGGUGCCUACAGUAGAGGGUUACCUCUUGCAAUUGAACACGGACAUGCCCUACCAAGCUGCAUUGCCAGAUACUUCACCAGCCCCAAAUAUGCAAGGAGUCAGGACAGACCCUCACAGACAAGGCAGUAACAACACCCUUCUUCACAGUAUCAGUGAUACAAUGAACAGUGCAAAAAUUGAGCAUAUAGCUAUGAAAGUACCUUCAGUGAGAAACAGACCAGAUCUCAAAGCAUCAACUGAUUCAAGUGCCAUUUUACAUUCAUCUUUGGCACCUAAUUCUUCUAAUCAUAAUAGUUGUGUGAUGGAUAUGCUAAAGAAAAAUGAAGGUCCUCACACUUCAACAAAUAUAGGUGUUCUAAAUAGUUGCCUGGACUUAAGAACAGUAAUCCCUGAACCUUCUGUAUCCAGCACUGUUUCCAGCACACAAACUAUGGUAACCCAGCAGACCAUUAAAACUGAGUCAUCCAGUACAAAUGGGGCAGUUGUUAAAGAUGAAACUUCACUAACAACAUUCAGUACCAAAUCUGAAGUUGAUGAGACUUGUGCCCUGCCCGCAAGUAAGAUCAGCCGUGUGGAAGUGUCUGCUGCAGCUGGGCCCUUCUCUAAAGAGACUGCUUCGAAUCCAGUGACCACAGCAAAGUCUGGAGAACGACAGUGGUGUGAUGUAGGAAUUUUUAAAAACAACACAGCUUUGGUGAGCCAGUUUUAUUUGCUGCCAAAAGGGAAGCAAAGCAUCUCAAAGGUAGGAAAUGCAGAUGUCCCUGACUACAGCUUACUCAAGAAACAGGACCUGGUUCCAGGCACGGGCUACAAAUUCAGGGUUGCUGCCAUCAAUGGCUGUGGAAUAGGCCCUUUCAGUAAGAUCAGUGAAUUUAAAACCUGCAUUCCAGGGUUCCCUGGAGCUCCCUCUGCAGUCAGAAUUUCAAAGAAUGUUGAUGGUAUCCAUCUUUCCUGGGAACCUCCAACUUCACCUUCUGGAAAUAUCUUGGAAUAUUCAGCCUACUUGGCUAUCCGCACAGCACAAAUACAAGAUAAUCCAAGUCAACUUGUGUUUAUGAGGAUUUACUGUGGUCUUAAGACAGCAUGUAUAGUAACUGCCGGGCAGCUUGCUAAUGCACACAUUGAUUAUACAUCCAAGCCUGCCAUUGUGUUCAGGAUAUCGGCAAAGAAUGAAAAGGGAUAUGGACCAGCAACGCAAGUUAGAUGGCUUCAAGGUAACAAUAAAAAAGCACCUUUAAAUUGAGUUUUUUUUACUAAAGCUGUUGUGAUCAUUAUUUAUUAGUAACUGUUUAUGAAGAUUUGUCAUUUUAAAAGAGUAUUCUCUGUAUUUCUAGCACUUAUGAGUUUGUAACUUGUUCUUAAAAUGUAUUUGCUCAAUUCUAGAUCCAAAUAAAAAUAGAAAAGAAGCAAAGACUCUGAAAAUUAGUACAUGGAUUCUUCCUUAUAGUUAUAGCUCUUUUAUAAAAGAAGAUAGUAAAAUUAGGGGAAAAGCUAGAAGACUUUAUUACCCCCAGUAUCAUUUUUUUUUAUAUAAAGUCCAGAUAACUCAGUCUUCCUUAAGUUACAGAGAUGAAUCUAGUAACUGGCUGUCAUGUGCUGUGCUGUCUCCCUGAGUAAAAGUUCUCUUCACUGUAAAAGCCCAUCUUUCAGUGCUCCCUGGAUUUUCUCCUACCAGCCAGGAUCCUUCUGUAACUCUCCUCUUGUAUAUAUUUGCAAGACUGAUUUUAGCAGUCAUUGAUUCCUUUCCUGUUUUUUUAUAUUUAGCAUAGAGCCAAGUCAUUUGAAAAAGAAAAAAGAACAGGUUCAGAAAUUUUGCUUUUGAAUUUUUUAUUAUUUUCCAGGAAUCAUAUUUGGUAAAAUAUAAAACCAAAAAUGGUCUUUCCUGAUUUCUACCAGGCUGACAUAGAGGAAUAUAUUUUUAGCCAAAGCACUUAACUUAUCUAUCUGGCCCUCAUUGUCCUUGUUAUUAGAUGAGGGAGUUAAAUGAAUUAUCUGUAAGGUUUCUUUCAGCACUAAAAAUUUUCUAUUUUCAUCUGAAGUGAAGUAAAUCUUUGAAUAUUUUAACACCUGUCUUAAUGGCUCUAACUACUUUUGCCAAGUAUUUAAAAUUCAGAGUUGAAGCAUUUGUCCUCUUAUUGCAGAAAGAAGGAUGCACAUUAGGAGGACACAAAUUUUGAGAUAGUGUUUUAAACAUUUGUAAGAUUUUUGUAAAUGCUCUAAAUGUUUUAUUUUUGCAUUGUUUUUACCUUGAAAUUGUAUAAACUUUUUUACAACUGAAAUAUAGCACUAGACAGCAUACUCAGGUUCAUCACAACAUUAAGGAGCAGAUAGGCCUUCAGUCCACUCUGCUGCAGGUUGUUUAAAAUCUAUGAGGUUCUACUGCCCUUGUCAAUCCAGAGUGAACUUCCAGAGCAAUAAUGCCAGAAAACUAAGAGUUGCAGUAGCUGCAGGUGGACAUGUCUGUCUUUAGGCCAUGUAACUGUUGCCAGUUUAGAUUGAGUAGCUGUGUCUUCAAACUUCAUGUAUAAAACCCUUAGCAAAAAUGAAUUGUGCAGAAUGGAUAUAUAUGUAUGUUUCAGUUACUAAUUUAAAGUGUAUAGAAUAUUUUAAUAUAUAAUUUUGUAAAAAAAAAAAAAACUGGGAUUUUUAUACUACAGUAUUUGUAAUCAUUGUAUCUAAGUUUCUCUUGAAGUAAAUAUGCAAACCGUUAAGACAUGGAAUGAGUGGUUUCCAAACUCUAAAGGUAAAAAUUGAUGCACUACUACGGUGUUAGAAUACCUUUUUUUUUAUGGCUGUAUGAAACCUUCUUGUCUAAAUGUACUUUACAAACAAUGUUUACAAGGAGCUUUUCUGGUUUGUUAUCCCAGCACCUCCCGUGGUGAGCUUCAUUCUGCAUUUGUUAAACUCAUAUGCUCUGCUUUUUAGCAUAUGCUUGCUUUUUUGCACUAGUAGACUUUUAACUUACCUCAUUAUUAUGUUUGUAAUCAUUUGUAUAGCUUCCAUAAUAUGUCUGACAUAGGUAAACAGAUACUUAACCAAAGUUAAAAUAAAUGGUAAGCAAUUUUGCACAUAUUAAUUGCUAUACAUUGUUGUGUAUAUGUGUGCGUUUAGUUAUAAAAAUAAGAAUGGAAAGUUCUAGUUAAUUAUAUGUUUCAAGACCAAUUAUUUUCAUGAUCUAAUUGCUUUAAUUAAACUAAGUCUGACUUUCCACUCCUGGCUUUUGGCAUUCGCAAUUUGCGCCUUGAAGCACCUCUCUUAAAAACCAGGCGUAAAUUGACCUUCACGAGGACUGGAAUACCGGACUGAGUACUUUGGUCCCUUUGUAGUUUCAGGUUUAGUUUACAUAAAUGCCUUUCUUCUUGCCCAGGAGGUGAACAUGAACUUGUGGCUCUAACAUUCUCUAGACUAGAGGGAAAGGGUAGUAGUCUUUCUGUACCAAGAGACUUGUCAAAAUAGCACAAGGUUUUACUUUGAGAAUUCGCCUUGCUUUUAUUAUUUUUUGGCAUUCGUCUGCUAAGCUUUAGCUUUGUUUAAUUAACUGAUACGUCAUUGGCAACUGAAAGAUGUCAUUGAAAAAUAUUUGACCUGUGUACUCAUGAAUUGGACUGAGUAGAAUAAAUAGCAAGGGAUGUGCAUUUAGCUUCUUAGGGGUUACACCUUUUUUAAGUGAAGAUCUCUGUUUAGUAGUAACUUGAGAGUUUGUGAUUCCUUUAUACAGGGUUCAGUUCCUUUCUUGAGGCCUCCCAGUGCCGAAGCAGCUCAGGUGUGCAACCCUUGGCCAUAACAUCCUUACUGGGUUUUCCAACUUGACUGUAUUUAUGGAAUAGGAAGAUUUCGAUGUUGCAUGCUCUUAGGAUUAUGCUUUCUAAAAUACCAUGCUGACUUUUGUUUAGUAAACUGCUUUGAUGAUUUAAGUAGAAAUAGGAUGUUAGAAAACUCAUUUUUACCUGCAAUUUUUCAGUGAAGUGGAAACAAUCAGAUUGCAUGUGUGAGGCCCUGCCCUAUAACUAAACUACAUAAAUGCAAUCACCUAAAUGAAGGUAAAACUGUUGCGCCAUUAUUUCAAAGACUUGUAGGUUAGCAAAGAUUUAUUCUCCAUAGAACAAUGGCAUAUAGCAGUAACACUUAUACCAUGAGAAUCAUUAGUAACAUUGGUCAGGAAAGAUGGUUAGUCUUACAAAUUGUAGUCAUCUGGUCACAAAUGAAGCAGGGUAUCAGCAAACUUGGCUUUUUACAUUCUGAAGCAUUUUGAACUGUUAUGUUUUUGAAGACUCAUUUUAGGCAGUUUUAUGUAUAUGUGCCAAUGAUGUAUAAAAUAAAGCACCUUUUCUACUA